AUGGUCCUACAAUGGCCGUCAACAGACAAAGAUCUUCCAAGUGAAGAAGUCGCACAGAUAGAUGACGUGCCCAAUUGGAUGACCCCUAUAGAUGACCCCAAUUGGAUGAUAUACUGCCAAGUAACAGGGAAGAAGCAAGACGGGUCCUCAUGGAGCUCCACGAAGGAGAAUGUGGAUCUCAUUCAGGAUGGAGAAGUCUUGUAUUACGAGUAA